GGAUGGGGAUGGAUACUUAGCUGGCAAAUUGUCAAGUGUAGUGACUUCAUAUGAGGAAUUCUGCAGCCGAGACAAAGAAACUUCAGUAUAGGAGAGAAGGGCAGCCGGACAUCUCAGCUCGCUUUCUAGGAUCCUGAUUUGAUUCUCUGGAGAAGAUCCCUUUCCAUUUUACUUCCAAACCAUGAUCUGGACAAGUAUUUUCCUUAUACUGUUCUUCAACCAACUCUGCAGCAGCCAGGCUGAGGAACAGGAUAGUGCCGAGAGGCUUCUCAAUGGUGAGGUGUCUGAGAUGGAGAACAACCUCUCAGCUGAGGAACAAAAGAAGGACUUGGAGAAGCCCCUCUUAGGUCAUUUAGACAUCACCGUACCCCCAGAAAAACGUCCACUGCUGCCCCCCAAAACGGGAGCUAAAUAUUCCUUCAACGUAACACUGAUUUCUGUUUCCAAAAAUGAAAAUGGGGUGAUCCUUCAAAAGCCAGAGGAGGAGGAGGAGGAGGAAGAUCACCAAGAAGAGGAGGUUGAGGAAACGGGUGAAGAAGCAUCAAAGGAAGAUGAAGUAGUUCCAACUAAAACCGCACAGCCAGCCACUACUCUACCGGCAGACGAUAACUUGAGCUACAUCUUGUCCCGGCUAAGCGCCAUAGAAUCUUCCAUCCAUCGCCUCAAUGUCCAGUUCUACGGCCUAGACGUCAAAAUGUCCCAAAUGUCUCAAAGUGUCUCCACGAUGAGGAAUAAGCUCGGCGAAGCAGAGGACACUAUCUCUACAGUGUCUGAGAUGAAUGCAAGAACUCAAAGACAGAUUGGACAGAUUGAAGGUUGCUUGAAGGGUAAAAGAUACUACAGAAAGUGCUAUCUCAUUUUCCAGCACUUUGAAAACUACGCUACGGCACAACAACUUUGCCACAGCCGAGGGGGAAAUCUGGCGAUGCCAAUAGACCAGAAUGAAUAUGCCGUUCUGGCUCAGUACGCUCAUGACGCUUUCUUUCCCUUUAACUGGCCCAUCUGGAUUGGGAUCAACGAUCGGCGCUCGGAGGGGAUGUACACGUUCGAGAACGGGCAUCGCGUCUCCUACUUCAACUGGUACAAGGAUCACUUGGUGACACAGCCCAAUGGCGGCAUUCUGGAGAACUGUGUGUCCAUCUCAUCAGAUGACGGAAAAUGGUGGGACAAUGACUGCACGAGGAGAAUGUACUACAUCUGCGAGUACUGAGUGGGAGGGCAAGGGUCAAUAGACCACCACGGUGCUGCUUGUAGUAGGGAUCGACCGAUAUCGUUUUUUUAGGGCCGAUACCGAUAAUCGGUGCAGGUUAGGGCCGAUAGCCGAUAACUUAUACCGAUAUUCCGGUAUAAGUUAUCGGCUAUUUAACCCCUGCGACACCGCUGCAGAUCAUUGAUUUAAAGCGGGCGCUUUAAAUCAAUGAUCUGCAGUGGCUUUUGCGGGGCCAUAGGCCGCCGCCGCCACCACCCGCUUCUCUCCCCUAACUGCCAGGGUGCUCCGGGCCAUCCAUCCAUCGUUCCUGUAGUGUCCAGGGGCGUUCCGGGUGGUCCGGUCCGGGCUGUCCUUCUCCGGCGGGCCUCUUCUCCACUCCGGGCAGGCUCCGGCCUAGUACGCUGCA